CGGACAGCCGCCGCCGAGCAGUCUUUGGCUAACGUGGAAAAAACAAUAGAAUGAAAUCUGGCAACUAACGCCCUCUAGUACGCAGUGCACAUUGCUGCUGUUUCAGUCCACCGGCGGCCAGACGACGAUACUCAGCUGACUCCAUCUCCACCACCAUUAUGAGCAAGCUGAUCGCCAGAAUCCCGGUAUUGGCCAAAUGUAAGUCAAAUGAAAGACGUGCCGAUGCCUCCUGAUGUGUUGCAGAGCCAGUGGUGGGGCAGGCUGGGACGGCACCGCCACCACAGUUUGGGAGGGCAGCGGUGGCCCCGGUGGACGGCCCCACUAUUUUGCUGCUGCUGCUGCUGCGUUGUGGCCGGUUUUUGCGGCCGUGGAUUCUGCCACACCAAAAUUGAACACAUUUAUGCGAUAUGCCAAGGUGGAGUUGGUGCCACCCACACCAGCUGAGAUCGGUGGUGUUGCCCAAGGAUUCAACAAUAUUAUGAAGAGUGCACAGACUGGUGCCUGGAAGAAUAUUGCUGUUAAGGAUGCCUGGCGUAAUGUGCUUGUAACCACUGAAGUCCUGUGUUGGUUCUUCAUUGGCGAGUGUAUUGGAAAGGGCACAUUUGUCGGUUACCAGGUUUAGAUUUGAUGAUGUAUCUUCUGUAAACUGUUUGUAUGUAUUUAUAGACAGAACCAUCACUUGUAAAAAUUGCUAUGAAUAUAUGAGUUUUAUGAUUU